CGAAAAACGUCUUACUGAAAUGGCAUGGUUACGCUUCAUUUGUGUUUUGUUUGCUCUCAUUGAUGUUUCCGUAAGAGUUACAGCUACUUGUGAUGCACGAAGAGGCAAAACAACAUGCGUUACGGAGGAUCUUCUGGAAAUGCUCAUGAAAAUUAAAAGCACUAGAGCUAGAGAUUGGGAUAAACAGAUUAGACCUGCAUUCUUCUCAACAUUGUCGAAAAAUUUUGCUUUAUCCGACUCUAACAAAGUGUUGAUAUUUGAAGGAGUAAAGGUCAAUAGAGGUGGAGGCUACGAUCCAUUAUCCGGGAUCUUCACUGCUAAAAGAGAUGGAUUGUAUCAUUUUAGUUGUGUGAUUUAUGGGGACAGUGGAAAAGACGUUGGUUAUCAACUCAACAAGAACGACUUAUUGUAUGUACGUGGACAUUCAAACAACGGACCAUACGACGCAAGUAAUAUUAGUGUAUUGGUUGAAUUAAAGAAAGGAGAUAGUGUUUAUAUAAAGCAUAGACACAGUGGCCAGACAGAAACAGUUAUUGGAAGUGAUCAUGCAUCAUUUGCCGGCUAUUUUUUGCAAGAUUAA